AUGGGGAGUGGAGGUACGAGCGUGGUCGCCCAGCUCAAGAAGAACGGGGCCAAGGUGAUAAGGGACGCACAGCAAGGGCGAUGGAAUCAGGAGUGCGGAGGGGGGCCCUGCCGACCAGGUUGCCGCUCAAGAGGCUGGACCAACAGCCCCGCCAUUGGUCGCCGAGAAGCCGGCCAGUCUAGCGACCGCACCAACGGCGAUAGAUGGCGGCGCCAAAACCAUCAAGGGACCGUCCGUCGGAGUGGCGGGGACCACGUCGAUCCCCCGCAAACCCCUGCGGCUAGCAGCGCGCCGGUCGCCCCGUCAGCCGCCAACAACGAUGGGCCGUCCCUUGCGGCUACUCCAGCACCAGCAGGCACGUCUGCCGCCAAGGUUGACGCGGUGGAUGCUGCGGCUAACCGCGCUGGUCCGUCCGCCCCAAAGGCGAACGCGCUCAGGGAGAUGCUCAGCCGCAUGGAGACCCAUCGACAGGACGUGCAGCAGCCUCCCGUGGUCGGAGAAGGAGGAGGAGGAGGAGGAGAAAAGGAGAAGGAGGAGGAGGAGAAGGAGAAGGAGGAGGAGGAGGAGAAGGUGGAGGCGGAGGUGGGGGAGGAGGAGAAGGAGAAGGAGAAGGAGGAGGAGAAGGAGGAGAAGGAGGAGGAAGAAGAAGAGCUGGAGGAGGAGGAGGCGGCGACGGAGGAGGAGAAGGUGAAGGUGAAAGAACGGAAGGGUCAUGGCAUCCGCCACGACACCACGGGCGACAAGCAAGGGUGGGUGGGCGAGAUUAAGGUGGUCGGGAACGAGAGCAGAUACAUCGGCAAGUCCCGCGACAAGAUGGAGCUGACGUACCUUCACUCGAUUGUGUACCUCCUGUACGACGGUUACGUCAGCAAGAUCCUCAUGGCCGAGCUCACCGGCUUGGAGGAAACAGUGAUGAAGCAGUGGAGGGCGGUGUGGAAGGAAGUCCGGUUCUUGCCGACUGGGAUGUGGACGGUGAUAUGGGGGCACGGGGCGCGUUCCUCCCAAAGACACGGUAAGUCGGAUAAACGUCGGCCAAGCUAUGAUGUCGACGUCGGCGUUCCUAACGGCCAGUUUCGUGUGAUUGCGUGA